AUGGAGGUUGAAUUGGCUAAAAAGAAGAAGGAGGCUUGGAAGGCUAAGAAGAAAGCUCAUGAUUUUGAAACUGACCAUAAUCCUCUGAUGACUACAAUGAUGGAACCCAAAAGAAAGAAGCCUUCUCAUUAUGAAGAUGACAGGAAUAUCAACUCUACUGUCUCUGAUAGUCUCAAAAGAUUUAAGGACCAUGAUGAUCUUUAUGCUGAGCAGCUGGGCACUAAUACAAUCUUGUUGGCUAAUGGGGGGACAAGUGGCACUGCUGGUGGCUUAGCCUUGAUAUGGAAGAGUAAUCUGAAUGUUGAAAUAACUGAUUUCUCCCUAAACCAUAUCAAUGCUAUAGUCAGGCCUGCUAAUGGUCCACCUUGGAUAUUCACUGGCUAUUAUGGUAGCCCUUAUGAUUUCAAUAGCAAAGUUGAGUCCUGGAAAAUGUUGGAUAAAACUGUUGCUAACAACCAAUUACCUUGGUUGGUUAUUGGUGAUUUCAAUUUCAUUCUCCAUGACACUGAAAAGUUUAGUACUCAACCAAUUGAUGAUAAUGAAGAUGUCUUUUUUAACAACAUGAUUUUGGAUCUGGAUUUAGUGGAUCUGGGCACCACUGGCUGCCCAUUCACUUGGUCAAACAAGAGAAGUUGUCAUGCUCUCACUGAACAAAGAUUGGAUAGAGGGCUAGCAACUGAAAGUUGGCUACUUCUAUAUCCUAAUACCUCCAUCUCAAAUAUGCUGCAUAUUGGUGCUUUCCUCAUAGCUAGAAGACUUAAAGAUAUCAAACUCAAACUUAGAGUCUGGAACAAGGAAGUUUAUGGCAAUAUCAAAACCAACAUAGAUGAAUGCAAACAACAUCUUCAUUGGCUUCACAACAACUACUUCAGACAUGAUCAGAGUCAAGCUCUGGAUCUAGCUAGAAAGCAUCUAAAGGAUUGGCAGGACAUUGAAGAAAAGUUCUGGAAAACAAAGAGUAGAGAUCAAUUCAUAAAGCUUGGUGAUCAGAACACUAACUACAUUCACAGAACUACCAAGAGUAGAAAUAGGAGAAACAAGAUUGAUAAAAUUCAAGACAAUAAAGGAGCCUGGAUAACAGAUUACCAGGAAAUUAAGAACUGUUUCAUGCACACAUCAUUUCUCUAA